CACGGGGUGGGGCCACGCAUCGAUGAGAAGGAAACUGGGAGGUGCGAAGAGAGAAAGUCUGCGGAGUUUCAACAGUCCUGUUGUCAGUUCGUGGACUCAGUGCGGAACCGCGGACGCGUUACCGGCAGCGGCAGUUUUAAAGUCCGUAUCCGUGUAUUGGCACAAUAUCUUAACCUAACACACCGGAACCUUGUAUCAAUGGAAAAAGAAGAACAAGCAGAAGUGGGAAGCCUUUAAUAGUUUCAGUCGCUCAAGUGCUGCCUCCUGCAGAGCCGGUGAAAGAAACAUUUCUAUAGUUCCUGCAAACAAGAGACUCGAACAGAAAGGGAAAGUCUAUGAAUCAUGUUUUAAAUCAGCAUAGCAUUAUGGGACUCAUCAUACACCCCUGCCUUCUGUGUUGCCAAAUGAUGAUAUCAAGAGGUCAGGAUUGUCUUAUGCUGCCUGGAAAUCCCCUAUUAAUUCCACAGUGAGUUGGCAUAUUUUUUGACAGUAAGUUAAACAUGAACAAAAGCAUGGUCUCAAAUGAGUCAUGUCACAAUACCACCUGCAAUGACGCUCUCAUUGUGAAUGGAGAUAACAAACCAGUAACAAGCAUCAUCAUGUUUUUGCUUGGUGUGGUGGGAAACCUCCUGGCUCUCUUCAUCCUCGGAGUGCACCAGAAGGAGCACCGCUCCAGAUCGUCCGUCUUCUGUAUCUUGGUGACCGGCCUGGCCCUCACCGACCUGCUGGGCACCUGCCUCCUCAGCCCGCCUGUGUUCAUCUGUUAUGCCCGCAACAUGUCCCUGAUAGGUAUGGGCAGCAGAGGCCUGUGUAACCUCUUUGGCUUUGCCAUGAGUUUCUUCGGCCUGGCGCCCACGCUCAUCCUGUGCACCAUGGCUGUGGAGCGCUGCCUGGCAAUCAGUCAUCCUUACUUUUACUCUGUACACAUCCGCCCCAGGUUUGCUAAAAUCACUCUUUUCUUUAUUUACCUCUUUUCUUUGGCUUUCUGCCUCCUGCCAUACAGUGGCUAUGGCAAAUUCAGACAGUACUGUCCCGGGACAUGGUGCUUCAUUGAUAUGGAUGCGACAGGAGAUGAGCAGGCCAAAUUGAUUCUGGCUUUCUCUCUGUCCUACUCCUCCCUGAUGGCACUGCUCAUCUUUGCUGUGUUUGUGUGCAACGGCUCAGUGAUUGUCAGUCUGUGCAAAAUGCACCGGAGCCAUGUAACGCGGCGUGGCUCGGUGGCGUCGACGGGGAGGAGGAGGAGGAUAAGCCUGGCCUGGUUUGGACAGGGGGAAGAGGAGAUGGAUCAUCUGGUGUUGCUGGCCCUCAUCACUGUCAUCUUCGUGGUCUGCUCCCUUCCGCUAACUAUUGCAGGCUUUAUCAACGCCAUUCAUCCAUUUUGUGGUGACACAGAGAACCUAACGGCAUUCCGCUUCUACGCCGUCAACCCCAUUGUGGAUCCCUGGGUCUUCAUCAUCUGCCGCAAGUCAGUGUUUCGCCACCUUUGCUCUCUGCUGAGCUGCCGCUUCAGCAAAGGAGCUGUGAAAACGACAGCACAUUGUGCUCUGUCUUUACCCCUUGACAAUCAGAUACAGCGCAACCCCCAAGACAUAGCAAUUUCACAGAACAACGUGUUCUCCAGUUUACCUCUGUGACUCGACAGACACUGCACCCUCGGGUGUGCGAGGUGAUGGACUGCAGGCUGGGUGGAUCACUGAGGCAAAUUUACCACAUGGAAAUUUAACAUUUGCAUACAGGAUUCCUGGACUCACCAUUUUGCGGCACAAAGACUUUGACCAAGAAGUGUCUGUCACAGUGGAAAUCUUCCGUAUGUGGCCAUUUUUAAAUAACUAACUUUGAAAAUAAUGAUUGCACUAGGUCUUAAACUUCACGGACUGAUGGAAAAUGUUUCAAAGUUGCAGGGAGAAAUGUGCCAUGAAACAAACACAGCUGCGUCGUAGCACUAAAGAACACAUCAAAUCAUAUCUAUGAAUGAUAUACUGUAAAGUGAGAAUAUAUGUACUCAGGCAAAACUACAAGGUUUAACAAUAUGCAUGAAUGUCUUCUUGUUUUCUUUCAAUCAGUCUUUUCUUUAAGACACAGCCAGGUAACUCUUGUUUAGUGGAUUGUCCACAUUUAUGGUACCUUUGAUGCUGGAUGCAAGUCACCCUCAACAUGAAAUAUACGUAUUAUCAUUAUUCUGCCGCUGAGCUGAUAAUUUCAUGUUGGUAACAGAUGUACAAGAUGUUUUGCAGAAAAGGUACAGAUUGGUCAUCCCUUUGAGGCUGAAAUACUUUAGAGGUGUUUUGAGCUAAAUGCUAACAUCAGCAUGCUAACAUGCUCACAGUGACAACUGAUGUUUAGCAAGAAAAACAUGUACCUUGUUCACCAUGUUACUUUACCAUACUUGCUUGCUAAUAUUUGCUAAGUAGCUCAAAAUACAAAGUACAGUUGAGUCUGAUGGGAAUGUCAUUAGUUUAGCAGAUAUGUGGUCAUAAAUCAAAGUUGAACAAAGAACUCUGACCUUAUAAUGGUGAAUUUAGGGCUCUGCAAAGUUAGCGCAAUUCGUUGUCUUAGCAGCUUGGAUAACUGUACCAAAUGUCAUGGUAAUAAUCAAUACAAUAGUUGUUUAGACCUGAGGUUGGAUUUACACAGAAAGCUGGGAGGUCAGCAAGAGGCAGUAGACUUCAUUCUCUUAGGGACAUAUCUCACAGCUAUCUGUACAAGACUUUAUAGCCACUCAUCCAAUGUUGGUUGAGAUAUUUCAGCCUGCACCAAAACGGCGACACUGACAUAUCAAAUGGCUACUGCGGCUAAAAAUGUUGUUUCUUAAAACAAAUCUUGAAUUUGAAUUAGAUACUUCUUGACUGCAAGCUGGAAACGGUCUUGGAAAUUAUCCUGGCCCUAUCAGCAACAACGCUGGUUGGUCUUUUAAAAACAUAACAAAUAACCCAUGUGUCCCUGACAGACAGCAUUAAUCUUUUACCCUCCACAGUUCCACCAGUAGCACAGACUAUUGUGAAGUUGCAAGAAUAGGAACACAUACAGUACUUAUACAAAUAUACAUAUAUAUGUAUAUAUAUGAAAUAUAAAUAACAUUUAAUAAUAUUAAUACUUAUAGACUCUCUGUGGUCAGUUCAAAAUGGAACAACUGGUUGUAGAAAAAUGAUCAAACCUGAUGUUAAACCUCUGUUUAAUCAUCUGUUAAACCAGAUCUGGUAAUCUUAAAUUUAAGACCUGAGAGUUGAGUUAAUCAAGUUUCAAAGGCCACUUUUAGUCUUGAACUGGACUUAAUUCCUGUUUGUGUUACCCAGCAAUAUCAUUGCACUGCGUGAACAUUGGACUCCACCUAACAUUUAAGCUACCUAUAAUGAUUGUCUGUGAACGUUCUUUUAAUUAAAAGCCUCCUGCUUUUGAAAAACUUUGCUGCUGCAAAUUGCACUGAGAACUGAUCUUUUGUUGUUGCGACUUUAAUGCUGUAGCUGCGGUGUAGUGUAUUUAUGCCUUUUCACUGUUCUGUGAUGUUGUGUAUCCUAAUUGUGUUGGUUUGAUUUAUGCAGUGGACUGCAGAUACAGGGAUAACAGACUUUAACAGACUUAGAUUUUUUUGUUUUUUUUUUGUCUGUGUUGCACAAUCACUUUUCGCUUUGUCUUUGAUGCUCAGUGCACAUUUUGUUUUUUGAGGAUAUUGAGUUUUCCAUGCAAAAUAAAGGAAAGAAUACUGUAUUUAAA